UUCCUGUUCUUGUUCGUGAUUGACACAGCUGACUGCUCAGUUUGAUCUCCCAACUGGCCACAAAGGGACGGAUGCACAAACACACGCACAGAUAUUUAUAGGCACACUCACGGCAGCUCGUUUUGUCCAAGUCCCCGAAGAUGUUGCUCUUCGUCUUGCUUUGGCUCUUCAAUUUCAACCCAUCUCUGAGCCUAAGAAUCUGCUCCUUCAAUGUGAGAUCUUUUGGAGAAACUAAAAUAGGCAGACCUGAAGUUGUGGAUGCCGUGGUAAAGAUCAUUUCUCGCUGUGACAUCAUGUUGCUGAUGGAAAUAAAGGAGAACAAGAACCGGGUUUGUCCUCUCCUGGUGGAGAAGCUCACCAGAGAGCUGAAGGGGCCGAAGGAGGAAUACCGCUGCGUGGUCAGCGAGAGGCUGGGAAGGAAGAGCUACAAGGAGCAGUACGCCUUCAUCUACCGGCCACACCUGGUAUCGGUGAAACAAACCUACCAGUACCCAGACACCCAGCCUGGGGAUGAGGAUGCCUUCUCCAGAGAGCCCUUCACCGUCUGGUUCCACUCUCCAAAAACUGCUGUCAAAGAAUUUGCUAUAAUCCCUCUACACACCACACCAGAGACAGCAGUACGGGAGAUUGAUGAGCUCUAUGAUGUGUAUUUAGAUGUAAAACAGCGCUGGAAAAUUGAGAACUUCAUCUUCAUGGGGGACUUUAAUGCUGGGUGUAGCUACGUUCCCCAAAAGCACUGGAAGAACAUUCGGCUGAGGACUUACUCCGAAUUCAUCUGGCUAAUCGGCGACAAAAAUGACACAACAGUGAAGAGAAGCACAAGCUGCCCAUAUGACAGGAUCGUGGUCAGCGGGCAGAAGCUUGUCCAUGCCAUCGUGCCACAGUCUGUCAAUAUCUUUGAUUUCCAGAAGGACUUCCAAAUGACCGAGGAGCAGGCACUGGGGGUGAGCGACCACUUCCCAGUAGAGUUUGAGUUGAAAGCAAAAGGUGGCUUCUUCAACUGGCUGAAAUCAAAAUUUACAAAGAAGAGGAGACCAAGAAACAGACGCUGCUCGAGCUCGUGAGCGUGCUGAGUCCUCUCCAGUGAUGUGGAAACACACAGAUGCUGAAGACUAAUGUAGAUAUACCCACAGCAAGUGCAAUAGUUAGUGGAAAGGAAGCAAAUAUUUUGUUAAAGUUCAAGUAUUUUGGGUAAGAAGGGAAAUUAAACCUUCAGGUUAUUUUCCUAAUUGUAUGCAAAGAUAGAUCAGCUAGAAGCAGCAUACUGCAUGUACUGUACUGAUCUCAAAUGUAAGGAACAAAGGGAAAAUACUUCGGUGUGCUUUGUCUGUAACACCUGAAAGGCAGGGAUCUCCAUGUGUUCAUGUGGGCUCUGGAGCUCUGCCAUUCCUCUCGAGGGGCAGAAGGAUUAAAAGGACCUUUCUGCAUUGUGCAUGUGUGUGUAUCUGCUUCAGAGCUGCCACCAGUGGGACACAGGUCUGUGCCUGGUGGUUUGCAAUGUAAAAUGUUGCUGAUCUUGGAGUAUUUGCUUGGUGUGGGUUUGAAGCUGCUCACAGCAUCGAGGCUUCUGCACUAACCCAGCCAGGAGCAGCAGGAAGAGAGUGCUGCUGGUAUCACCCCUUCCUGCCUGCAAACCUCAGGUGAGAAGUCCCACGGAUCCCAGCUGACAGCACUGCAACAGAACAUCAUAAAACUUACAUUAAAACCUGAUUUCAGCAUCA